CAGAAUGCUAUUGUGCCUGGUAUGACAGUGACAAGUAUGGCGGCUACAAGCAAAAUACCGCUUCCUAAAUCGGCGGUUUCUAGCCCCAGUGGCGGGGGUUCAAGUCCCGCCGUGUCUAAAAUACCGGUGAAAAAAGAUUUCCGCUCUCCCGGCUAUUCUAAUCUGAACAAGGAGAACUGUGACGGUAAAAGAUUGGACGCUUCUCCUUUGGUCCGCCCGGAUUACGGACUCAAUGGGAAAGGAAUUGAGAGCAGAGUAGUUGAUGGGAAAGAAUUGGACUAUAAAGGACUAAACGGGGGAAAACAGUCCAGAAUUCCUGAUAUCAGGUCCAAGAGAAGUCCACAGAAAGAAGUUAUUUCGUCUAGAUCUAGAACUGAUCUGUAUAGAGAUGUAUCUGAUAUGUCAACUGAUGACCAGAGAUCAAGUCGGUCAACCCGUUCCCGGUCAAUAUCUACUAGCAGCGAACCCAGGUCCGGGGAUACCAGCGACCAGACGGACGGCUGCGUGUUGCGGCCGCCAGAACCGCGCCGGAACGAUGGACGAGAAGCGCGGCCGAGUCAGCUCACUCUGACCGGAAAAGCUAAGACAAGUAAAUCUGUUGCAGGAAGUAGGAUUCCUCUAUCUCCAAGCAUGCUGGACAGGGACCUACGAAGUGUAUCUGGAAGCAGGAAAGCUAGUAUUGAAUCAUUGACAAACCUCUCUCCUGAGUGGGAAACCCAAAUGAGCUAUGAGGAGCUAGCUGAACCCCUGGAAAUAGAUUGCAGUCGUACAAGCAAAUCAAGAUCUGAUUCGCCUGGUAAGCGAGGUCGGCCUAGCAGCCCAGCUGUUUGUAAGAUGCGUCGGACUAGUCCUGAUGGAGAAUCUGUUAGUCCCAGUAAAACAAGAAAACCUAGGAAAACAUUCAUUCAAUUUGGAAACAUUGCUGAUGCGGAUGAUGAUGUGGGGGGCGGAGGUGAGGGUCUAGGAGAACUAGGAGUUGAUCUGGGUGACGGCCACCAUGUUGGACCUGUUCAUGAUCUUCUUUUUAGACAAGGGCUUCACCUAGGAAACCGACCCACUCUGUUUCCAGCUCUGAGUUGCCCGCCCCCUCCUUACCCUCUCCCCCGACCACGCCCUCAGAGAGGAAGUUCCACUCCACCUCCCGCCUACCCGCCAUCAACACAAAGGAACAGUUUAUUCAUCAUAUUUAUCGUUUUAAGACAAAUAAAAGGAUUGUUCUAUUUGGGUAAUGGAAGAGGUUCAAUCCUCCACUUCUCUCUCUCAAAUAGAUAUCUCCUGGAAGAGGAUGAAAAUAACCCCGCUAACGGUCUAGCUACCACCACUAGUCAAGAACAAGAACAAGAUCAAGAUCAAGCUAAACAGCGAAGUAACCAAGAUGAAGAUGAGUACUUAGGACAAAGCUGCCACACCCUACACUCUGAAUGUUCUACUGCUCCGCCCCCUCCCUCCCUAGGAGCGCCAGGUCCUGGGGAUGGAACCAGUAGCAGUGAAUAUUCGUCCAAGAGUAAACCAUCCAGUACAGAUCAGCUCAUAUCUCAGCCUUUCCCUAAAAAAUUCGGCCAAUUCGGUUUGGCCAGGAAUAGCUAA